GGCAUUCGUCUGGCGUACUGGGAAUACAAGAUCAAGUUCCAGGCAACGUCCAGACUGACGUUCCAGUGCCACUGGACCAGUGCUAGUGGUUGAGUGGCCAGUGUUCUCGUGUCAGUUUUGGAGGAGGAUGGGGUCACGGCAGCCACCUGAUGGGUCACUGGAGCUGGUAUGGGUGUUUGGCUACAAUGGCCACACUGCCAGGAACAAUGUCAAGAUCAACAAGGAUGGUCACCUCGUCUACUAUGUGGCUGGGGUGGGCGUUGUCCACGACAUCACACUUAGAAAACAGACCUUCUACACUGGUCAUAAUAAUGACAUUACAAGCUUGGCGAUGACAGGUGACAUGCAUUUGGCGGCCACAGGUCAGGUGGGGAAGGAUGCUUACAUCACUGUGUGGGACACCUCCACACGUGACCCCAUCAGUGUCAUCAGGGAUGGACAUACUCACCGUGUUUCUACCCUCUCUUUCUCUUCUGAUAAAAAGCUGUUGGCAUCUGUGGGAGGACCAGACCAUAAACAAGAAUUGAUGGUGUGGGAGUGGCACAAGGGAAGGCGGCUUGCCUAUAAUAUUGCUUUCUCUGGCAGGGUGGAGGAGGUGGAAUGGGAGCCUGGGUCAAACUCCAGGCUGGUUACUUGUGGACACAACCAUGUCAGGUUCUGGAAACUGAGUGGUAAUGUUAUUCAGGGGAACUCCGGGGUGUUUGGGAAGGAAACAACAUGUGACCAGGUGAGCGUGUCACACAUGCCAGACAACAGGGUUGUCACUGGGACCUCCACUGGACACCUCUACAUCUGGAGCAAAUCUAAGCUGGUCUCUGCCAUCAAAGACGUCCAUCCAGGUGGAGUGCUGGUGACGGAGGUGUACUCUGGUGGUCUGCUCAGUGGGGGAAAGGAUGGCACCAUUGGUGUUUUUGACAAGCAGCUCAACAGGGUGUCUACAGUCCCAGGAGCUCCAAGCUUGGUUUAUGAAGUUGCAGGACCAAUACAUUCUUUAGCUGUACACAAUGAAAAAAUAAUAGUUGGGACAGAGAAGAAUGAGGUUUGGACAGUAAAGGUGGAGCAUGAUGGAGGGCUUGGGGCAGCCUGUGUGGUACAGGGCCAUGGUUUAGGGGAGGUGUGGGGGCUGGCCACACAUCCCACCAGAUCUGUGGCCAUCACUGCUUCAGAUGACCAUACAGUCAGACUCUGGGACUUAGAAGAGAGGCGGCCCAUGACAACAAUUGUUGUGGAGAAGGCAGCUCGGGCGGCAGCUUUCAGUCCUGAUGGUCAGGAUGUGGCAGUGGGCCUCAGUCAUGGUAUUUUUAUAAUUCUUCAAGCCGAGCACCUGGAGGAGAAGUACCGCAUAAGUGACCGCAAGGAAGUACGACAUGACCUAAAGUACUCACCGUGUGGAGAAACCCUAGCUGUUGCUUCAAAUGACAAUUUUGUGGACAUUUACAAGGUUGACAAGGAAUAUGAGAGGAUUUAUGUGCUGAAGGGCGCCUCUUCCUUCAUUACACACCUGGACUGGUCCAGUGAUUGCAACUACCUCCAGCUCAAUUCUGGUGAUGGCGAGAGACUCCUCUAUAAUGUUGCCAAGGAAUCAUUGGUUGAUGAAAGUGACAUCCCAGGUGUGGAGUGGUCAUCCUGGACUGGGGUUCUGGGACCACAGGUGAAAGGCAUCUGGCAUAAAUAUGCCGAUCUUUCAGAUGUUAAUGCCUGUGAUGCGAACUUUUAUUUUGGUGUUAUGGUGACUGGAGAUGACUAUGGCCUUGUCAAGCUUUUUAGGUUUCCUUGUCCAAAAAAGGGUUCCAAGGGUCGGAGUGUAGUGGGCCACAGUGCACAUGUGACCAAUGUACGCUGGACCAGCGACUCUGAGUAUGUAGUGUCAGUGGGUGGUGCAGACCAUGCUGUUUUCCUCUGGAAGUUCCGAUCAUCACGGAGGAUCUCUGCUCCUCAUCAGACAGUGAGGUUACCAUCUGCAGUGGAAGGAGAAUCAGAGGAUGACAUAAUAGAUACAGAAGAUGAAUUGGAGGGUAUUCCAGAGCUCACCCAGGACUUGGAGCAAGAAUUAGCAGUGAACAGAAGGAAAACCGGUACUAGACGGCAGAAUAAGAAUGGACGGGGAAACAGACCAGUGACUGGGGUUGAGAUAGCCGAGGAAUCUACAUUUACAAGGCGUCGAAAUGCUAAGAGUGGUAAAGCAGGACAUGAUACUCCACCCCCUCAAUGUCUUCGCAUAAAACAUGUGUUUGGAUACCAUGCCCAUGAAUGUCGCAACAAUGCCCAUUGGCUGAAAGACGGACAAGUGGUGUAUCACGUGGCUGCCAUAGGUGUGGCCAUUGAUCCGAGCACAGGAGUCCAAAAGCAUUACCUCCACCAUACUGAUGAUAUUCUCUGUCUUGCUGUACAUCCCCAGGGGCAACUGGUUGCUUCAGGUCAGAUAGGACGAGAGGCUACUGUACAUGUGUGGGAUGCAACAGAUAUGAGGAUAAUGUCACUGCUGCAGGGAGGACAUAUGCGGGGUGUGUCUAGUGUAGCCUUCAGUGGUGAUGGGGAGCGGGUUGCUUCAUUAGGCUUGGAUGACUACCACACUGUUGUUAUCUGGAACUGGCUAAAGGGAUACAAGAUUGCCUCAGCCCGAGGACAUAGUGACAAAGUGUUUGGGAUGAGGUUCAGCCCCACUAACAACAAUCGCCUUGUGACUUUCGGCAUCAAGCACAUAAAAUUUUGGUCACAGGCUGGAGGUGGCCUCACUUACCGCCAGGUUGUGCUAGGUCCAAAAUUCAAACAGAAUACUGUGCUCUGCAGCAGUGUUGGUGGUGGUGAGGGUGCAUCAGAGUGGUGGCUCCUUGGACUGUCAUCAGGUUAUGUGUUUGUUGUCAAGGAUGCCAAAGUGGAACGAAGUGUAAAGGCCCAUAAGGUGCCAGUGUAUGCUAUACUAGUAACCCAGGAGAGCAUAUGGACAGCUGGGCAGGGUGGCUACGUGUGCAAGUGGGAUUCAGAAAUGAAACGAAGUGUGAAGGUGUUCCCUGUAACAGACCACUUCCUAGAGAAUUCUGCUGCUUUUGGCCUCACUUCAUCCCAACCAGGACUACGAAGUCUCUCCGCUGCCCCAGGGACCGACUUUCCCCUUUUGGUGGCUACACAACAUGCUGAAAUUCUCCUGAUGGAUGCUGAUGGAAUGUUUACUGUUUUGGUGCAGGGCCACAGCAAGGGUGAAGUAUGGGGUCUUGACACCCAUCCACGACUCUUGGAAGCAGUGACAGUGGGAGGUGACAACACACUGCGCCGCUGGAGUUUGGAAGAUUAUGAUGCCCUUGCUUCUGCCAACCUCAGGAAAACUGCUUGCUGUGUACACUUCCACCCCAGCGCUGUUUUAUUAAGUCUUGGAUAUCUUGAUGGAAGUGUUGCCUUAUACCUGUAUCCCAGUCUAGUAAAACAUGGUGGGGUACAUCACAGAUCUGAAGGAAUCUCUGAUGUCAAAUUUUCUCCUGAUGGACGAUUUCUUGCUGUUGGGUCUCAUGAGCGUGUUGUCGACAUUUAUGUUGUAGAUACAGAUGGAGACAUUGUGAGUCAAGAGGGAUCAGGCCUUCGCAGGGUUGGUAUAUGCCGUGGUGCCUCAUCUUGGGUCACACAUCUUACCUGGCAUGAAAAUUCACGAUUAAUCCAGAUUAAUACAGGAGCAGGAGAACAGCUGUUCUAUGAGGCUCCUCAUGGAACCCGUCAGUUAAUCCCUGAUUCAACUACUGCCGAGUUAGCAUGGACAUCUCCAUUAACAUGUCCGCUCGAUGCAACUGUUGAAGGUGUAUGGGCACCAGACAUGGACCUAACAGAUAUUAAUGCUAUUGCUACAGCACACAACCUCCCAGUAGUGGCAACUGUAUCAGAUGAAGAGGGUCUGGUCAGACUAUUUCGGUACCCAUGUAUGGGAGGACUGAAGAAGCACCGUCAGUACCGGGGUCACAGUGCCCAUGUAACAAAUGUGAAGUGGGUGUAUGAUAACUCACUGAUCGUGACAACUGGUGGUGGUGACACCUCUGUCAUAGUGUGGAAGGUGAGGCAAGGCUCACUGAAACAAGACAAAGAGGACACCUUACACUCUCCCCAAAAUGGUGAACAUACUCUUGAUGAUCUACCAGAUGAAGAUUUGACUAUAAUGGACUUGGAAGCUGCAGGGUUGGAUGAUGAUGAUGUACCAUUGAUUGUCCACACAACCUCUACCAAAGACAGAAAAUCAACUAGGACACCAGGGAAGACUCGAGAACCACAGUCUCAUCGAAAGCGUUCUGCUGGUCAACUAAGGUCUAUCCCGACCCUUACCCCUGAUGAUAAGAAGGCCUUUUACUGUAGUGGCUCUGCUGUAGGACAGCUAAAUAUUGCUGAAGGAGGGGAGAUGGAAGGUCAGCGUCUUGUCUAUGGGGAACAUACAGCAGCCAUAACUUUUCUUGCUUUGUCUGUUAAUGAUCCCAAGAUGAUUGCCACAGCACAGUUGGGAAUGGAAGGAGAUGUCUCGGAGGACAACGUAGAAAAUUUUGCCUUGGUACAUGUUUGGCGGCCAAGUGACGGAACCAAUGUAGCCGUGCUGAGAGGUGGCAAAGAGACCAUUAUCACUGCCCUCAGCUUCUCACCUAGUGGCAGGUUCCUGGCUUCUCUGGCUGAUGCUUCUACAGUACAUGUCUUUAAUUGGAUUAAAGGUGCACACAUUGCUCACAGUGAACUGAAGGUAGGGAUGGUGACAGCAAUGGCUCAUACUGGUGAGACAACUUUAGCAGUGCUUACACCUCGGACUGUUCUCUUUCUGGACUUGGUGGGCAACUCAUUGAUAACGACGCGAGGCCAUGCAUCCCCAGAUCUUCUCCCAGAUGAUGCUGCCUUUAAUGGCUUAGGUGUAUCUCCAAAUGGUCGUGUGUAUGUAGGUUGCAGUGAUGGCAGUGUUGUAGAGUGGAAAGGCCGCAUAGCAACACGUCGCAUAAUGGCGCCAGAUGAACCACCUAUCAUAUCCCCUGUACGAAUGUCCAUUGCCGUGGGUCAGGGUGCCGUUUUUACAGCAUGCAGAUUGGGCUCGAUAAUCGUCGUUCGGUGUUACACAACAGAUGAUGAUGAGCUGCAUUUCUUCUCAGAUUCUAAAAUUGCCACACCAGAAGAAAAUUGGAUACCUGUCUCAGCCAGACUAGGAGGAGCUAUGCUCAUUCUUGGUGCUCGAAGAAAUCAGCCAUUGAUUAUUUUAGAUCUGAAGUCAGGAAAAUUUACUCUAAUAGAUCAGGGAUGAAACAGUAAAACACUAUAGUUUUAACUUCUGAUCGACAUUGAUCUUUUGCAGUAGUGCCAUAGAUGCUAUAUAAUGGACAAUAUAUUUAACACAUUCUGUAUAUAUAUAUACCGUACUUAUCUUGAUGUGAUAUUGUAUAUUAAUAAAGACCUAAUUGAGGUGUAUAAGCAUCUCGAGGGGCAGUACUCAGUCGAGCGUCCUAACUUGGAGCUGGCGGACGCUCACCCCACAAGGGGUCACAGCUCAAGAUUGAAGAAGCCGCAAGUCCAGAAAACUGUGAGGGCAAACUUUUUCGGAGUGAGAGUUG